AUGGGCAGCUGGGCAGAUGGAGACAUGAUGAGGGGAAGUAUACUAGCAGGGACUUGCGAUGAGAUGUUAUUGGCGAGCCUGGCGCACCUCGAGGGGCCAUUACGUGAGGAGAUGAAAGACGUCCACACUCAUCUGGAAGCUAUAGGAAGGCUACUGCGUACAAUCCAGCCUCUCGAAGACCGCCACUGGGUUCAAGCAAUUUUCCAAGAGUGCAGGCGUAUUCUGGACCAGCUCUGUGCGACCACAGACUCUCCAUCGAGCUAUCAGGCCAGUAUCACCGAACAAAUCAGUAACCUGGCUGAUGUCCGAAACGCUCUGUCCUUGGCUCUGAAUCUGAAUCUGAGUAUAGAAAAUGAUGAACUCAAAGACGAGACCAUGGUCAAAACUAUAAAGCAGGGCCUUGAUACUAUUUCAGCGACUUUGAUGGCUGCCGUCGACGAAAUAAUGCCGACAACUUUGACAGCUUCCCGUAAAGGCACAUUCAGGCUGCGUGAGGCAAUACUUGCCGUCAACGGAAACUGGGAUAACAGCUCAUCCACGCACGACAUCAUCUGUCCAAAUUGUUUCCUCCAUGAGAGGAGCCCCAGCACAUCGAUUAUGAAACUCAAGUUUGGUUGCGAUUGUCCUGCAACUGAGGCAUCACACGACAGUGAGCUCGAAUACCAAGCAUUACCCGCGACUUUCCUUGUCGAACAGAUACGUCCCGGGCAAGAACGGGAAUGGCACAUGGUGCUUUAUAAACCGCGCUCCAAUGCCAUUGUUUCAAUAAUCGUUUCUGGGGUCCCAGUAAUGCGUACUGGCGAAAUUGACAAACUUGCCCAAGACCUUGCUCAUCAGUUCUCAAAGAACUUGGCUGCAGAGCCAAGGAAUAAAGAGGUAGUAUUUACAGAUGAACUCGUCUACAGAUUGAUGUCGGUCUCCCCUCCUGAGGCCUUUGUAAACAGGUUACCAUCCCAGUUGGAAUUCAAGCUAUCAAAUUCCAUCAUCAAGCUUGCUUGGCAACCACGAAGGGUACAGCUAAGACACUACUCAUCCGCUUUCAGGCCACACAACAUGAGCGACUUGAAGUCUCUAGAGUUUCUUCCAAGUCCCGAGUUUGAAAUACAGAUUUCCAAGGAUAGCAGAGAAGCCAACAAUGAAGAUUUCUCUAUAUUUGUCCUAAGAGACUCCGUCGUCAUUGACGGAGCAACGCGAGAAAGAUCCUCAUGGGUAACGCUGUCCAAGGUCGGCAUGCGUCAAGGCGGUGUCACUCUCGAGGUUUCUGAAAUAAACUUUGGUUUUGAUAGAAAACAAGAUGCGGUCAAUUGGAAAUUCUACGUUGAAGCUAUAAGGGAGCGGCUGCGUCAGCUCUAUGCUCAAAGCUCGUUUGCAUUCGAAAGCGAAAUAUACCAUCAAGAAUCCGCGACGCUGCUUCGGAGAUCGAGUCAUGAAUCCCCCAGAGAUCAAGACAUCAGUAUAUCAGUCAUCUGUUCAAAGUUUGGCGCAUCUCCACAGGAGAAAAUGCGCAUGGUGGUGAAAAGAAACAGUCGAUCCGAUUCUGUUUGCCUAGACUUUGACUCUUCAAUCUUGAAGAUUGCUCAGCGAGGGCUCACUGGGUCCCUGGAUCUUAUUAGUUUCUUGACUUAUGAUACUGGCGGUCCCAAUGGCCCAGUCGUUGAGCAGACCAAUUGGAAGAAAUUGAUUUCACGAGGCAAGAAUCGCAAGCCACCUCAACCGCCAAGCAUGAGUGGACCGCAGGUUCUCAGAGAGAGGAGAGUUUCUUCAGAAGAAUGGUUAGACAAGAUUGACGAGCUAAAGACCGCCAUGGACGCAUCAUCUUCUACCAAAGGGGAGUACAACCCAGUCAAGGUCUGCGUCAUUGACACGGGCUUCAAUCCAGCCGUCAGAGGCUACAAAAAAGUCAAAGCAUUUAAGGAUUUUGUGGAACCAAAUUCUACCAGCAUACGCGAUAAUACUUGGCAUGGCACGAUUUCGGCGAGUAUCAUCUUGUCAAUACACGAGAACUGCGAGUUGUAUGUCGCCAGGAUAUUCGAGUCUGAUGACACGGACGACGAGACAGGGCCAGAACUGAUGGCUCAGCUAACACGAAAAUCCCUUGAGGCCAUCGAAUGGUCAAUCUCACCCGACAUCAAUGUCGAUAUCAUUAGCAUAUCUGCCGGAUUCCUAUACCACUCGCCCAGGCUACAAGAUGCCGUCCAAAAGGCCAGCGGCGCCAACAAACUCAUCCUCGCCGCAGCCUCCAACUGGGGCAACCUUGGCCCUGUGGCCUUCCCAGCGCGGCACAAUCUCUACACCAUCUGCAUCUUCUCCACUGACACACACAACCGGGCCUCCGAGUUCAACCCAGAGCGGCGGCCAGACGCGCACAACUUUGCCAUCCUCGGCGAGGACUUCCAGCACCCCGGUUAUUCAGACCAGCGGGUACGCGGCACCAGUACUGCCACGGCAGCGGCUGCAGGGCUUGCAGCACUCAUUAUUGACUUCUCGCGGCAUCAGGAUAACUGCCGGUCCAUUGUGAGAGUUGCCGACGUCAGCAAGAUGCUUGGAAUGGUUGCCAUAUUCAACUUCUUGUCCGAGCGGGCCGGCGAGUUCAAGUGCAUCAUGCCCCUCAAGCUGCUUCCGUCAGAUUACCAUGAGAUGGAUCGACAGAAGAAGAGAGAGUAUAUUAGGCAAAGUCUGUCGAGGGCGAUGGAUCAAGCCAACUGA